AACAAAGUGCUAACCAAUGCUUACUCACAUUACCCUGUCUUUACCGUGAACAUUACAACUGGGACCUGCAGAUAAAUUAAAGGACACAUCUGGAUAUUUAAUCUUUUAUCUGGAGGCAAGGAACAUGGCAGCUGUGAGGGGGUGAUGAGGCCAGAGGCUGUGAACUGUGACCUGCGCGACCGGGAGUCAAAAUGGAGAGUCGUCUGAGUGGCAGCCUGGACUCCAGGGCCUCCCUGCGUGCUAUCAGCUCCAUCAACACUGCCCAGCUGGCCUCCAGGCUGGACUCCUAUGAGACCGGGGAGAAGAAGUGCAUCUCUGAUGUCAGAAGGACCUUCUGCCUCUUCGUGACCUUCGACCUCCUCUUCAUCACACUGCUGUGGAUCAUUGAGCUGAAUGUAAACGGAGGUAUUGCAGAACAGUUAAGCCAGGAAGUUCUUCAUUAUGAUUACCAUGCUUCUUUUUUUGAUAUAUUUAUACUCGCAGUGUUUCGCUUCGCCAUGCUGAUCCUUGCAUACGCCGUUUGUAAACUGCAGCACUGGUGGGCAGUAGCGAUAACAACAGCAGCUACAAGUGCCUUCUUGAUAGCAAAAGUCAUUAUUUCCAAGCUUCUCUCCCAGGGUGCAUUUGGUUACCUUUUGCCUAUUACUUCCUUCAUCCUGGCUUGGAUUGAAACCUGGUUCCUAGACUUCAAGGUCUUACCUCAAGAAGCAGAAGAUGAAAACCGGCUGCUGUCUGUGGCGAGUGUGUCAGAAAGAGCACCCCUUAUCCUGCCCGGGCCUCUCUCAGAUGGCCAGUUCUACUCUCCUCCAGAAUCAGUUGCAGAUUCUGAAGAGGAUAUAGAAGAAAAACAUGACAGUGAGAAACCGGUGAUUUAGCAGUGCUUGUUGAAAAGUACCUGUGGUCUGUCAAGGCAUGGAUAACCAGACUUCCUGAAUCUGCUUGGUGAUCUGGGUAUCGGCUGGUACUAAGCUGAGGUUCUUAUCGUUGGGUGCAGGUGUCUUGGCACCCUGCUCCCACUGUUCUUCUGUGGAAUAUUACACUGCCUUAUAACUGCUGAGCUCGCACUCAUCGCACUGAAUUCAAUUAGAGUCGAGUGCGUUUUUUUCUGAACCAGAGAAAAUUAUUCAUCCUACGUUAUAAUGAAAUGACAUUUAAAAAAUAUAACUACGGUAUUAGCUGUUCCUGUUUAAUUGAUGUAUUCUUCCUCUUCCAAAGCUGAGGAGCUCUAAGGUGAUUGUAGUUUUAUAUUUCACUGAUACUGUAUACUGUACACAUAUGGCACAUGGAGAAACGUUCAAUACACCAUAGAGCAAGAAAGACCCUCAUCUAGUCUUACUAAAACACAGUCUGUGCAGGCUUGGUUGCAAGUUACGGCAGUCCAGUCCUUUGCACCGACAUGACAAUGAGUCAUUUUAUUUUUAUUUUUGUCUUCUUUAAUUAAAAAUCUGUGUCUUACUUUGCAAGAUAUCAUGAUAAAUCAUAACAUUUGUUGUGUGUACAUUUCCCAUGCACAACAUUGCAGCUAACUAAUGUGUUAUGUAUAAAGUGCGAGGGCAAUAUCCUUCCAAAGAGAAUGUAAGAAUAAUUUUCUCCUGACAUUUUGGUGCAUGGUUCUUAUGAUUUCGCCAUCUCAGCUUGAGGAAAGUAUGCACUAGUGAGUGAAAUCCAGUCCAAAGUCUCCCUGGUUAACCCACCAGAGUUGGUAUAGAGUUGGAAGGACCCAUUCACCUUUUUAAGACAAUUAGGAACUUAGUCUUAAAACCACUUGGAACUUUGUUAUUAUGUUGAACAUUAGGUUAUGUAAGUCAUAUAUUUUUUAGAUAAAUUACAGUAAUAUAUUCACAUGAACUAAAAACUAAAACUAAAAAUGCACUGCAGUGUUCAGAAAGACUGUAACUUCUAAUGCAGGUCUGCUGAUUUUUAUCACUAUUACUGAAAUUUUGUAAACAAAUAUUUCCGUGGUUGCUCAGUAUUCUAUGUAUCUACAUGUACCAAAUAUAAGCAUAUUUAUAAACAUAUACUUCUGUUAUAUGUAUACUUCAUGUUACUGUAUAUAUUCAGAUACCAGUGAAACAGAUCAAGCAUUUCACAUUAUUUCAUCCAAAAUACUUUCUUUAAGCAGUACGAUAACAGUUUCCCUCCCUUAUUGUUGCCAUUUUUUUUAACUCCAGAAUUUUAAGAUUUUAGAUUGUGUUUUAUCUGCUAAGGCUAAUAAGUCUUCUCUAGGUUGUACAGUGUGCGUAAAGGUUGCCACCUCUCAUUUGGUGAUUACUAGACUGUCAAUAAUUGCCAAAUUAUUGCUAAACUCAGCCGAGUUGUGUAAGAAGAGCACGAGAGACCAGGAGCGCUGAUCUCCUCCAACACCUGCAUGCCGGCUAAAUUUGUUCUUUCUCCUCUGGAUAAAUUGAUAUUUAAUGAUACUAGUCAAAAUGAGUAUGAAUGAAGCAUGAAGAAUGAAUGAAAGAAGAUUCUUGUUGAAUGGAGAAUUUGGAUGUACACAGACUUCAUAGGCAUGGUAAUUAUCUUCUUUACCACUCAACCCGUAAAUAUGAUUUUGCGUUUGCUUUUUAAUUCCCCCUGAAGCGAUGGUCUUUUAGACCAAUCUCAUAGACCUUUCUUGAAAUGUACAUGUUUCCUGAUUUGCCUUGAAUUUCCAUUAAAUAGUUUCAUAAUAAAUGUACAGUGCUAUAAACACUUCAUCUGCACUCUGUGUACCAUUGAUUUGACUUUUAUUUUUUGUUCUCCUACUGUACUAAAUAAAAGAAUCCAGAAUCUAUCA